GUUGACAAUCUGGAGAACUCUCAUUAUCGUGACGCUUUGUUUACAUCGCGCGCGGCUCCGACUUGUCAGAUGAAGUGCCCCAGUUAAGUUCGAAAGGAUGAAACGCUUUCCUUUCAGCACGCAGUGGAUACGCAAUUACACGUCGAAAGCCAAAAGGAGUGUUUUGCUUCAAGACAUCGACUCACUUUCAACUCACGAAUUCCCCAUCAAGUCCCGCAACAGAUUACGCACUUACGUUUGGGGUUUGUCGCGAACGGGGGCGUUAGGCGUGAAUACAUCCGUGAAGCAAAGUGAAGACUACUACCGGCAUGUGGUCCAUCAUCCCACUAGGCUGCAGUUUGGGGAGAACACGGACGUGCUGGAUAUUGCAGCUGGAUAUGGAUUUUCGGCGUUUGCAGUUCGUCGCACGGACGGUGAAACAUUGUUUGGGACAGGGAUGAACACUGACGGGCAACUGGGACUACAACAACGCCCCUCAGGCUCAACUUGGGAUAUAGUAAUCUACCCGACACCGAUCAAUUUGCCGCGAAAGGAGGGUGAGACGCCUGAUGAUCUUGAGAUAAAAAGCAUGUCCGCCGGACGCGCUCAUCUGGUAGUAGUUGCAAAGAACGGGGCAGUAUUUACCUUAGGGAACAACUCGUAUGGCCAAUGUGCCCGUCGAAUUGUCGAGGAUGAGGCUUACAAAUCGAGUGGCAUAAUUAAUCGAAUUGACAAACUCGCGGGAGAUGAUGACGUCGUGGAAUCUGUUGAGUGCGGACAAGACCAUACGCUCUUCCUGAUGCGAUCAGGGAACGUUUAUUCUUGUGGAUGGGGUGCGGAUGGACAGACCGGACUGGACAAUUUUGACAACACGAGUGAACCUCAACAGGUGGAAGGCGACAUUAAAGGCGAGAAGAUAGUCAAGGUAUCUUCGCGAGCAGACUGCGUGCUGGCCGUGAAUGCCGCAGGAGAAGUGUUUGGCUGGGGCAACUCCGAGUAUGGACAACUGUCGGAAUCUGAGGAUGCCCCGACCCAAAUCAGUGUCCCCAGGCACCUGAAAAUCACUAAAGGGCUAGGUAAAAUUAUAGAUGUCGCUGCGGGCGGUUCAGUGUGCAUGGCGUUGAACGACGAAGGGGACGUAUUCACCUGGGGCUACGGAAUCCUAGGGUUUGGUCCUAACGUUGAGCAAUCGAGCCAACCUAGACAUAUCCCCCCGCCUUUGUUCGGUCGGACCGAUUUCCACAUGGACAGCAAAGUUGUGUCGAUCUGCAGCGGCGUUUUCCACAUGGGGGCAGUGAAUUCGGAAGGCGAUUUGUUCAUGUGGGGCAAAAACCGUUUUGGCUGCUUGGGCUUAGGUCAUAAAAAGGAUCAGUACUUCCCGUUCAAAACGGCUGUUAACGCUAAAAUCAAGAAAGUAGCUUGUGGCGUGGACCAUUGUCUAGCCUUGUGUAAACCAUUCAUGUAGAAACAAAAUUGACGUGUGAUAGGGAUUAAAGCCAAAUGCAUGAGUUGUUCAUAUCUCAUGCGUUCAUUUAGCGAUAAGUUACGAUAGUUGUAAUCCAGCGGAACGGGGGUGACCCUCCUGAAUAAUGACUUCAGUUGCAAAUAUAAUUUGUGAAUUCCAAAA